AUGAGCGGUCGCACUACUCAAGCUGAAAGCCGUGGCAGAUCAACGUCUCCCUCCGAAAGAAAACUGAAUCGCCGAGCCAACACAAGGCGAUCUGGAAGCGUGAGCCGCUUGGCGGAUUUGCUCCGAGAAGAUGCAGAACCAACGGCAACGAGAACUGGCCGUGGACGCAGCAGAGAGCAAGAAACAGGCCGUAGCCGCAGCCGCAGCCAGAGUGUCACCCGUAUCCUUGGUCGCCUUCAGAUCGAGGCCAGCAUUAACCAAGAACAUAUUGAAAAGAAUGAGGAGCCCCAACUGUCGUCGAAGAAAAACAACAGAAGAGCUCGACGCAAUGUGAGCUCGACGCAGCCCGAAAAGAACCCGCUUCGUCGAACACUCUCCAAGGAAAUGGAUCGGAGAAGGUCUGUCCGCCAAAUGGCCAUCAUCGAAAUCCAAGCUAGAGAGCGCAACCAAGAGGCCAUUUUCGAAAAGGCGUUGAGCCGUCAGCGUGGUCAAACCAAACCCGACACGAAGAAGCCUUGCUCACUUAGCCCCACUACCGACCUUGCAAGAAGAAGCAAGAGAAAAACAAAAGGCAGCAAACCCGUAUGCAGCGUUGGUAGUGAGAAAUCGGUCACUCGCUUGAGAACCUCCCUUGCAAUUCGCAAACUGGGGGAGAUGUCGGAUAGUCUUCACGGAAGCUGGGCGGAAUCAUCGAUGGUGCUCUCUUGUUCGGGUUCGGAAGGAAGCUCUAAUAGCAUCCUGGAACAAGCCCAGCGCAUGAAAAGCUUGAGCGAAAGGUUCCAUGAUUCGAACAAGAAACUUCAGAAAAAGGGCUUGGAUCCAACUGUGGCUCCACCAAAGCGAUUGUCGAAGGACAUUCCCAUGCUUCAAUUCCAAUAA